CGGAAACGGAAAGCGUUGCUGAUGACGUUUAAUGAUUUAGCAACCGGCGUUUCGCGCGGAAGAAGCAGCGCGUACUAACUUCAUUUCAAAGAAAGUUUCUGAAAGAUCAUAAACAUGGCCUCCCGUGACAUCGCUCAGCUGGAAGAUGCUCUCUCUAAGAUCCAUUUCGGGGAUGGAGAGUUGAGCUUUAAAGGCCUGGGAAUGAAACUAGAUAACACAGAAUCAGUGGAGGAGAUGGUCAGUAAGAUAGACCAGUACCAGGGUCUGAGAGCUCUACGGCUUGAAGGAAACACCGUGGGAGUGGAUGCAGCCAAAGCUAUUGCUAAGGCUCUAGAGAGCAAAGAUCUGCUUCAGCGAUGCUAUUGGAGCGACAUGUUCACUGGAAGGCUGCGCUCUGAAAUCCCCAUAGCCCUGAGGACCCUGGGCAGUGCUUUAAUGAGCGCCGGCAGCAGGCUGACCGAGCUGGACCUGAGUGACAAUGCCUUUGGUCCAGAUGGUGUCAAAGGAGUUGAGCAGCUUUUGAAGAGCCCCACUUGCCACACUCUGAGGGAGCUACGGCUCAACAACUGUGGCAUGGGAAUAGGCGGAGGAAAGAUCCUGGCUGAAGCUCUGACUGAGGGCUACAAGCAGUCUGCUUUGCUCGGAGCUCCACUGCAACUGAAGGUGUUCGCCGCUGGAAGGAACCGCCUGGAGAACGAUGGAGCUAGCGCCCUGGCUAAGGCCUUUCAGUUGAUGGGCAGCUUGGAGGAGAUCCAUAUGCCCCAGAAUGGAAUAAACUACCCUGGUGUGAUGGCGUUAGCGUCAGCCGUGCGCCACAACCCAGAGCUUCGCGUCCUCAACCUUAAUGACAACACGUUCACCAAAUGGGGAACGCUGGCCAUGGCAGAGGCUCUGAAACAUCUCAGGAAUGUUCAGGUCAUCAACUUCGGUGACUGUUUGGUCCGGUCUGAGGGAGCCAUUGCCCUUGCUGCAUUGUUGAGAGACGGAAUGCCGAUCUUGAAGGAGCUCAACUUAUCUUUUGGUGAGAUCACCGAUGCAGCAGCUCUAGUGGUUGCCCAGGCUGCUGUGGAAAAACCUGACAUGGAGAAAGUGCUUCUGAAUGGUAAUUGUCUGGGUGAGGACGGCUGUGAGGCUCUGAGAGACAUGAUGGACGACAUGGACAGAGGAGACAUGCUGGGCUCACUCAGUGAUGAUGAAGGUGAGCUGGAUGAGGAUGAGGAGGAUGAAGAUGAUGAUUCCAGCGAUGAGUGUUGUGAAGAAAACGGAGAGUGUGAGGACAUUAUAAAGGAAAAUGGGUUAAAAGGUGAAGACAGUCCUGCUAAAACUCAAAGCCAGGCAGAAGUUCUGACCUUCCUCAGGUCCCCUGCAGCAGAACAGCUGUUUCAGCUUAAAGACAUGAAGUCAAACAUUCAGCAACAGGUUGAAGCUUCUGACCCAGACAAAGCUGCUGAGCUGCUUCUGAAGAUCGGCUUGUUGUACUGCGAGGAUCCAGAAGACCGGACGACAGUUUUAGAAACCAUCGAUGCAGUUCUGAAGAAGUUGCUCUCCAGUUCCAGCCUGCAGUCGUACCGCUUCCUCUCCUCGCUGCUGGUCAUGAUGGGACUCCUGAAGGGAGAAGGGAAAGUAAAGAAGGCCCUGCUGGUCCCAGGUCAGCUGUUAUGUUUGGAACAUGCUGUCCAGCAGGAUUACUUCUCUCGGCAUCACGCCUCACUGCUUUAUACCUUCCUGUCCAGAAACGGAGACGCUCUGAAGUCUUGUGGCAGUGCCAGGGACAGGCUGAGCUUUGCUCUGGAGAAGAAGUGCCACACCCAACAGUGAUCUGCCACUGAAUCGUCUCACUCACACACACACACGCACACACACACACACACACACACACACACACACACACACACACACACACUGUUUACCAACACACAUUCUUCCUACAAGGAAAGCCACUAUUUAAACACCUGAAUUGUAUAUUUUAAUGACUGUGCAUAAUGUCUUAAUCUCUAUUUUUCUAAUUUUACUUAUGACAUUUAUUUUUGUAGAAAAUGGAUACAAAUACUAAAAAAAUACUUAGCCUAAUUGGAAUGUAGAUAUUGACUAAUAACAGCAGUCGGGCACAGUCCUGUUGCCGUAAACGUCUGGGGAACUAUUUUUGAGGCAGAAGCGAUAAUUUCUGACAUUUCUUAUAAAAGUUGUGCCUUGAAGGGAAAUGAGACAGUCGUGCUGCUUUAAACGUUCAGGAAUACCGAGAAGGAAUGUGUCACAGACUCAGAGGACCACGGUCAAUUUUAUCUUGUAUUAAUUACACUUUGGGGUCCAAAGCCCAAGAGUAAAAUGCUCUUAUUGUGUUGAGCAGCUUACCUCGGUAGCUUUGUGUGUUGGCGGAGAGGUGGAGCUUUGCUGGGAAAAGGAACCAUUGGCUUCUACUGUUCUGAAAACAGGAAACGAUAAAAACUGAUUUUAUUUUGUCAACACUGUUUUCUUUGUUUAAUUGUAUGGAGUGAACAUUAAAAAAAAAUUUAUUUCAUCAAAUAAAUGCUUGUUUAACAUAA